AUGGAGACUUUCCGUUUUACUUGGUUUUAUGGUAAUCCUGAAAUGAGGUUACGUCGGCACUCUUGGGAUUUGUUACAACGAAUUGCAGGUACUGUUCAUGGGCCAUGGAUUGUAGGAGGGGAUUUCAAUGAAAUACUUGAGGCUCAUGAGUACUUUGGUCGCCAAUUCCGACCCAUGUCACAAAUGAGAGCCUUUCGGGAAGCUUUGGAGGAGUGUGGAUUGACAACUAUUGGGUUUAAGGGGUAUAAAUGUACAUGGUCUAACAGAUGGCAAGGUGAUGGGAAUGUAAAGCUCAGGCUGGAUAAAAUGGUGGCUAAUGGUGACUUCUUUAGGACUUUUCCUGAGGUAACAACGCAUCAUCUGAAUUCUAUUGUGUCUGACCAUCUUCCUUUGUUGUCAUAUUUGAGACCAAGUACUUGGGAGAGGAAGCAUAAGCAAUUUUUGUUCGAGGAAAUGUGGACUACUGUUGAGGGUUGCCAAUACGUCAUUACACAUGCUUGGGAGUCUGAGACUGGAACUGUAGUAGAGAAAUUGAAGGCAUGUCAAGGGUCUCUGGGGACGUGGAAUAAUGCCCAUGUAGGCUGA